AUGUAUAAUAGUUUAUUCGAUGUGACACAAGAUCAAUGCAUAUGUGAAAUGAUAAAAGUAAAUGAUACAAUAUCUGCUUUAAAUUAUUUUUCUACAAAUCAAACUUGUCAACUAUUUCGUUCAAAUAUUAGUACAGUUUAUAUUGAAUUUUAUUCCAAUUCUACUUUUGUAUUUCUCAAUCAAUCGUCAAUAUCAAUAUUAAAUAUUCGAGAAUAUCAACCAAGUACGUCAUCAUCAACACCGACAACAACUGCUAUUUCAACAUCAACAACAAGUGCCUUCAGUUUAUUUCUUAAUCAAACUACUUACGCAGCUGGCGCAAAGUCAUGGUCAGUAUCAAUCAUCGAUGUGAAUAACGAUAACAAAUCUGAUAUUAUUGUUGCUAACUAUAAUUCGAACAAUGUCGGUGUUCUUCUGAACACAGGCAAUGGCACAUUUAGUAAUCAAACUGCUUACUCAGUUGGCACUAACCCAGCAUCAGUAGCAGUCGUUGACGUCAAUAGCGACAGUAAACCUGAUAUUAUUGUUGCAAACUCUGGUUCGAACAGCGUUGAUGUUCUUCUCAACAUAGGCAAUGGCACCUUUCAUGCUCAAACUACUUACUCAGUUGACACAGAUCCAUGGUCAACAGCAGUCGUCGACGUCAAUAGCGACGGUAAACCCGAUAUUAUGGUUGCAAACUAUGUUUCCAAUACCGUCAGCGUUCUUCUCAACGCAGGCAAUGGCACCUUUCAUGCUCAAACUACUUACCCAGUUGGCACAGGUCCUUGGUCAGUAUCAGUCGUCGACGUGAAUAAUGACAAUAAACCUGAUAUUAUCGUUGCAAACUUUGGCUCAAAUAGUGUCGGUAUUCUUCUUAACACAGGCAAUGGUACCUUUAAUGCUCAAACUAUUUACUCGGUUACCUCUGGUCCAGUAUCAGUAGCAGUCGUCGAUGUGAAUAACGACAAUAAAUCUGAUAUUAUUGUUGCAAACUAUGAUUCGAAUACUGUCGGUGUUCUUUUCAACACAGGCAAUGGCAUAUUUAAUGCUCAAACUACUUACUCAGUUGGUAUUAACCCAGUAUCAGUAGCAGUGGCUGACGUGAAUAACGAUAAUAAACCUGAUAUUAUGGUUGCAAACUUUGGUUCGAACAACAUCGGUGUUCUUCUCAACGCAGGCAAUGGUACCUUUAAUGCUCAAACAACUUACUCAGUUGGCACUAACCCAAUAUCAGUAGAAGUCGUCGAUAUGAAUAGCGAUAAUAAACUUGAUAUUACUUAUGCAAACUCUGGUUCGAACAACGUCGGUAUUCUCUUGAAUUCUUAA